AUCAUUGCAUUCCUAGUCAGUCAACCGCUCGAGUGCACACAGCACCCCCAGCGCCCUCGCAAACGGCCAAACGACACGAUAAAACGCAACCGAACCGUCUCCCUUCCCCUCGGCGAGCGCAUCUCGAUCGAUCGCCUCGGUUCGUCUCUCCCCGGCCGUUUCCUGCACCAGCCACUGCCCACACAUAGGCGCACGUAUAUGUUCACAGGCGCGCGUGCAGUUCACUCGGAGACGGGCACGGGCGGUGGUCGCCUCGCCUGAACCGACGCGACGCGAGAGGUUGCGAUCCUCCCAAACCAAUUGAUCCACAUCCGCGUGAGCGCGCAAAUGAAGCUCUGCAUGUGCUUCGGUGGCACGGCGGCCGUCGUGGACGACGACGCGGCCGACGAGGCGGUGGUACCAGCUCGCCACCGUGCCCAGCGCCGAAGGUUGUCGUUCCGGGGGAAGUUCUUGUCCGGCAACGGAAGGAAGAAGAAACCGUCGUCGGUGUCGCCAUCCGAGGCGAAGAAGCAGGGCGUGGACGCCGACGACGUCUACGGCGUGAUUGGCGAGGGUACGGCGUCGGUGGCGUCCUCGGCGCCGCUGAGCUCCGCUGAGUCGUUGGACUCGGCCUCCUCGUCGUCGUCCCGCUCAUCGACCGCAUCGUCCUGGUCGUCGUCGACGUUCUCAGAGGUGCUGCCUCCGACCGCGGUGAAGCGGCAGGCGAAGGGGUCGUCACCGGCGGCGGGCGCGGCGGCCGUGGUGCUGUGCCUCCUGAUGGUGGUGUUCUGUGGCCGGGUCGGGGCGACGCUGCUCACAUCCACGGCGCUCUACCUUUUCCCGCGGCGGUGGCCGGCCACGGUGCCGAAGGCGGACGAUGAGGAGUUCCCGGAGAGCGACGCCGUGUCGGUGACGUCCAGCGAGGCGGUGGAGGAAACAGUGAAGAGGAAGGUGGUUAUGGAGGGGUUCUGGGUGAGAAACCGCAAGAAGUGAUCACCAUAUUUUCUUUCUUUCUUUUUUUUCUCCUUCCUUUUUGUUCAGAUGGAAAAAAGAGUUUUGCACCCAUUUUUUUGGUCCGAGAGUUCAUGUAACUAUAAAUCACGGAUUUAAUGAAACCAAAAUUCAUACAAAGAUGCUAAGAUAGUUUGUACUUCGUAGUCUGAUACUUUGCCUAGUUUGUACUUCCUAGUCUGAUAUUUUGCCUAA